AUGGCCUCUCCAUCGGAAUCAGAGAAGCAACCUGCUCGGAAGAGCAACGACACGUUGUCGGAAGACAGGACAGCGACAGCGUCUCCCGACGUUAACAUGCGCAACGAUGAAAAACAAAUCCUUGACGACUCCAGUAUAACGCACGAUCGAUCCAACGAAGACGACUCGAGCGACGGUAAUGGCCUCAAUCUCGCGCCGCAGCAGUCAAAUGCCCCUUCCGUAUGGCUCUCUGAGACCAUGUCCCUCCCCCGCGAAACUUUGUUCGUCAUCAUUUGCUGCAUGGCGCAAUUUUGUACCCAGGCUGCAUACAUUGAGACCCUCAUGAUGCUUCACAUAAUCGGCAGCUCUUUUCACGUAGAGGAUCCGGCGCGCCUCGCCUGGCUCGUCGCCGGCUACUCCCUGACCAUCGGCACCUUCAUCCUCUUUUCGGGCCGCCUCGGUGAUGCCUUUGGCUACAAGCGCAUGCUCAUUAUCGGUUUCGCCUGGUUCUCCAUCUGGUCCCUCAUCGCCGGCCUUAGUGUCUACUCCAACUUUACCCUCGCCGUCUUCUCGCGCGUCCUGCAGGGCAUCGGCCCGGCUAUCUGUCUCCCCAACGCGCUCGCCCUCUUCGGCGCCGCCUACCCCCCGGGCCAUCGCAAGGCCAUGGUCUUCUCUUUCUUCGGCGCUGUCGCGCCCAUGGGCGGAAUCGUGGGCGCUGCAAUUGCAUUGACGUUGGAGUUGGCGUGGUGGCCAUGGGCGAUGUGGGCGCUGUCGAUUUGGCUUGCGAUCCUAGCUGUUGCGGGUUGGUUCAUCAUUCCCGAACCUCCUACCAAAUUACCGCCCCCGAAGGGAUUCAAGGCCAUGUGCGUCGAGCUUGACAUUCCCGGCGCGGUGACGGGAAUCGUGGCGCUGGUGCUGUUCAACUUUGCUUGGAACCAGGCCCCGAUCGAUGGGUGGAAGACGCCCGUGGUUCUCGUCCCGCUGAUCCUCGGGCUCAUCCUCUUCGGCGCCUUCGCCGCUAUAGAGUUCAAGUUUGCGCCUAUGCCGCUUCUUCCUUUUGACGUCGUCAACGCUGAUGUUGGCUUUGUUCUCGGAGCUGUGGUCUGUGGAUGGGCGACGUUCGGCAUAUGGACUCUCUAUCUCGUCCAAAUUCUCCAAGAGAUCCGAACGCUCUCGCCCCUGCUCACAUGUGCUUGGUUUGCGCCCGUUGUGGUAACGGGUGGUUUAGCGGCCGUCAUCACCGGGAAGCUCCUGGGUCCUUUGAAGGUCCGUCCUCCUAUCGUCAUGACCAUGGCGCUCGCUGCGUUCACCACCGGUAUCAUCCUUACGGCUACGGCCCCUGAAAAUCAGAUCUAUUGGGCGCAGAUCUUUGUAUCAAUGAUUGUCAUGCCCUUUGGCAUGGAUAUGAGCUUCCCUGCCGCGACUUUAAUCUUGUCAAACGCUGUCAAAAAGGAGCAUCAGGGUAUCGGAGCUAGUUUAGUUAACACCGUUGUCAAUUACGGCAUUGCACUCGGCGUUGGUUUCGCUGGUACCGUGGAGGUGCAAGUUAACAACGGCGGCGAGACGAAAGAAGACCAAUUUAGGGGGUUUAGGGGCGCGUUAUAUAUGGGCGUCGGACUUGCAGGACUGGGCUUCGGCAUCGCCUUGACAUUUCUCGCGAGAGAAUUGCGGCACCGGAGGGACGCGAAAAGGAACGAGGGGAGAGCUGAAGAAGCCCAACUUGAGACUUGA